CAGGCUAUCCUAGAGGGGGGAGCUUGAGCACGAGAGCGUGCACACGGAAGCGUCAAGCUUCACACCGCAGCAGGCCUCCGAGCAGGCAGCCCCAGGCGCGGACCCUGUUCCAGAAGCCGUUCCUAUCAUUCAGCCGCAGUUCGCGGCUAACUUCAUGAAUUUACUCCAAUAGAUGGCUGGAGCAUUCUUUCCACCACCGCCACCACCAGUGGCUGUGGUCUAUAUCGAGAAGCUCCGGAACAAUGGAGCUGAGGAAUUCUUGGGCGAUCAGAUCGCCGACCCCAUGAUCGCUAAACAAUGGUUUGAGCGAACCAUCCGAGUUUUGGGGAACUUGAGGGUUCCACAGGAUCAGCGUGGCGACCUCGCACACUUCGUCGAGGCGAAGCGAGAGGAGUUUCUGAAGUUCACUCAGGGUGAACUCACACUACCUGAGUAUUGUCAGAAGUUUGACGAGCUCGCGGGGUGUGGGCAAGACCUCGUCCCGACUAUGGAGAAGCGGUGCAAGCGCUUCGUGGAGGCUCUACGUCUCAACUUAUCAGCUCAUCUGAUCACUCCCCCUCGGGUUGACAUCAACGCAUUGUUCAAGCAUGCGUUGGACAUGAAUGCGGCCCUCAUCAAGAAGGCUGAGUAUGAGCAGAUGCAGGGGGCGUCAGCAGCACCAUCUCGUCCUCCUCCACCCCAGAAGGCGGAGACCAGUAGCAAGAGGUCCUUUGCAGCGCCUAGCAGCUCCCACCAGAGCAAGAAGGCUAAUGCCGCACCUGCACAGUCAUCAGCAUCUGUCCAAAAGAAGGGCAAGAGCGGGGAUGGGUUCCGUAACCCGAUCUGCAACCAUUGUGGGCGCAGGCACCCGGGAGAAUGCUGGUUCACUCAGGGCAUGUGCCUUGGGUGUGGCCAGGCCAGACAUUUCCGCAGGGAUUGUCCGAAGAAUCCGGGUGAGGCGUUGUCAUCCGCACCAACUGCCACGGCUCCAGUAGCGCAACCCGCCAAGAUCCAGAAGUCGACAGCAGCAUCGAGUCAGCCCAAGCGGCAAGCAUCUAGUACCCAAGCGGGGAAGCCCCCAGCCCGUACGUACGCGAUGUGGGGGCGUACUGAGCAGCCAGCCCAUGACGUCAUCAUGGGUAUAUUUACCUUAUUCGAUACAUCUAUCACAGCAUUGAUUGAUCCGGGUUCCACUUUAUCAUAUGUGUGUUUGCCUAUGCCUGUUAUGCCUAACAUUUCAAGGGAAGACUUGGAUAAUCCGGUUAUUGUGUCCAACCUGUUGGGACACAGUUUACGACUCACCCACGUGUAUCACAACUGCCCAUUAGUGGUCCAUGGAAAGAUUUUCCCUGCAAGUCUCAUUGAGCUUCCACAUCGUGAGUUUGACGUUAUUCUAGGCAUGGAUUGGCUCACUGCCAACCAAGCCGUUGUUGACUGUGGAGCGCAUACUGUUCGGCUGAGAGCCGAAGACGGUAGCGACGUUCUAAUUCGUGGUGAGCUUCUCCCGAAAGCUCCAAAAUUUAUUUCCUACAUUCAUGCUCGCCGACUCAUUCGCAAGAAGUGCGAAGCAUUCUUAUGCACAGUUCGUGACACUCGUCAAGAGGCACCUAGUAGGGGAGACAUCCCUACGACCAUGGAGCUCGUCUCUCGAGGCGAGAAUCUAGAUUUCGCAGUUCAGGAUGAUAUCUUGUACUAUCGGGAGCGUAUGGUAGUGCCAGCGGGGGAGGUGAGAGAGCGCCUGCUUCGUGAAGCACACAGCACCGUGUAUACCAUGCACCCGGGUGGUAACAAGAUGUUUCAUGAUCUUAGGAGACAUUACUGGUGGCCCGCGAUGAAACGGGAGAUCACAGAGUUCACAUCGAGGUACCGGUCGGAUCCUUCUCAUGUGAUUCCAGCUGAUACGGUCACACUCGAUGAGAAUCUUACGUACGAGGAGGAGCCGGUUGAGAUUCUGGCUCGUGAGAUCCGCUACUCAAGACGCAUGUUUUGGAUCAUGGCAUACUUUGCAUACCGCGACAAGAGGUCAGGCCUAGUGCGCCUCUUCCGCGGGCCCGUCCAGGAGCCUGCAGGAUCCAACGGGAAGACUAUGGCGCCUCUUAGCUAUCACCCACAUUCUAGUCUCCAACGGGAAGACUAUGGCGUUCCUCGGCUCAUCUACCGCGUGGGGAUGAUCACCGAAAGGAAGGGGUCCUGCGCAGUAGGCCAGAGGAUCAUGGAGCCUGACCCAGACGACUGGGUGAUCGGGGCGGCAGAUGACCGACAGUGUGGACCUGACUAUUUAUCCAUUAUUAUUUAAAACUUGUUUUGGGUUUGAACCCACCGUUGUUGCACUUACGUUAUUUAUGACUUAACGGCUUAAUUUACAUUUACUUCCGCUAUAAACAUUUCUUUUAGUGAACUCAUUUUCAUCAUUUAAUAAAUAUAGCAAGGGUUC